GAAAGGGGGGUUGUGUAAUGUACCUUUUCCAAUCCCGGGCUGUAUAUGGAGAUUUGGGAUUCUUUAAACCGGCGCUACCUGGAUUUUAUUAAAAAGCGGGGAGCUCGGCGGGAGGAAAGCUGGCUUUUCCGGGGGCUGCGGGAACCCGGCAGCGGGAGGGCGGAGGAGUUGGCGCGCCGAGCCCUCGGCCCGGGGAGCGGUUUUCUACCAAAAAAAGGAAAGGCGGGCAAAAAGUGUGAGGAGGCUGCGGGUGGCGAAGGGGAGCAGCGGCCGCGGGAUGGCGGGCUGCAAGGGCGCCUAGCCGCGCCGGGAGCCGGGGCCGCCACCGGAGUCACCGUCGCCGGAGCCCGGAGCAGGGAGUCCCGCCGCGCCAGACGCUGUGUGCGCCUCCUCGCUCAGCUCUGCCUGGUCGCCGGGAGGGGCCCCACCUCCGGCCGCCUGUGCGUCCUGGGCCGCGGGCCCGCCGCCGCCAUGCACGCCGCGGAGCCCCCGCUACCCGAGGACUCUGGGACUACGCUGAGGCCGAACUUUUAGGUCCCGCUGAACGAGGCCAGCGGGCCGGGUGGGGGGCUGGCCGCGGCACUCCCGCGGAGGAUGGAUGGCCGAGACUUUGGGCCUCCGCGGUCCGUGCACGGCCCCCCGCCGCCGCUGCUGUCCGGCCUGGCGAUGGACAGCCACCGCGUGGGUGCGGCCACGGCCGGACGCCUGCCCGCUUCGGGCUUGCAGGGCCCGCUGCCGCCUGGGAAGUACAUGGCCGGCCUCAACCUCCACCCGCACCCGGGCGAGGCCUUCUUGGGCAGCUUUGUGGCCAGCGGGAUGGGGCCCUCAGCCUCAUCCCAUGGGAGCCCAGUGCCCCUGCCCUCUGACCUCUCCUUCCGCUCCCCCACCCCCAGCAACCUGCCCAUGGUGCAGCUGUGGGCCGCCCAUGCCCAUGAAGGCUUCUCCCACCUGCCCAGCGGGCUGUACCCAUCCUACCUCCACCUGAACCACCUGGAGCCCCCCAGCAGUGGGAGCCCCCUCCUCAGCCAGCUGGGCCAGCCCAGCAUUUUCGAUACCCAGAAAGAGGGCUUCUACCUGCCUGCCCCAGGGGCUCCGGGCGCCCUGCAUUCUCACGCGCCCUCCUCCAGGACCCCAGGAAGCCACUCUUCCGGCGCCCCGUCCAAAGGCUCGCGGGAAGGUACAGCCAAGGAGCGAGCGGGCCGUGGCGGGGAGCCGCCCCCGCUGUUCGGCAAGAAGGACCCUCGGCCCCGCGAGGAGGCUGCCGGGCCGCGCGGCGUGGUGGACCUGACCCAGGAGGCGCGGGUGGAGGGCCGCCAGGACCGCGGGCACCCGCGCCUCACUGAGCGCCUGUCGCCCUUUCUGGCUGAGCCAGGGCCACCGCGGACACUAGGUGUGGCCACCAGUGAGUCCAAGGGCAAGAACCCGCUGCCAACAUCGACCCUGAGCCUCUGCAACGGUGCGGGGGACGCAGGGCUCCCUGCGCUCGUGGCCGAUGCGGCCCGUGGCACCAAGGAGGCUACACGCCAGGAAGAGAGCACGCGGCUGCGGCGCGCAGAGGCCCUGCUGCCCGGGCCGUGCCCCUGCCCCUCGCCGCUGCCACCGCUGCCAGCAGGCAAGGGUCCGCCCGCGCCUCCCCCCACCUCGACCAGCGCCUUCGCUUCACAGACCGGCCCCGCCGGCGUCUACACCAUCUUCCCCACGACACCGACGGCGCGUGAGCCGGGCCGCGAGCACCGCGUGGUGGCGCCCACCUUCGUGCCUUCGGUGGAGGCCUUCGACGAGCGCCCGGGGCCCAUCCAGAUCGCGUCACAGGCGCGCGAUGCCCGAGCCCGGGAGCGCGAGGUGGGUAGGCCCGGCGUUCUGCAGGGGCCGCCAGGGUCCCCGCGGCCACCCCCGGACCGGUCCGAGGGGCUCCGUGAGAAGAGCUCCGUGAUCCGCUCGCUCAAGCGGCCGCCGCCAGCCGAGGCACCGCCAGCAAGGGCCACGCGCGCCUCCCCGGACCCCCGGGCCUACCUCCCUGCCAAGGAGCUGCUCAAGCCCGAGACGGAACCUCGGCCUUGCGAGCGCGCUCCCCGUGGGGCACCCGCCUCCCAGCAGGCCGCCAAGCUCUUUGGCCUGGAGCCUGCGCGACCGCCCCCUCCCGCUGGCCCUGAACACAAGUGGAAACCUUUCGAGCUGGGCAACUUCGCCACCACGCAGAUGGCGGUACUGGCUGCGCAGCACCACCACGCCAGCCGCGCCGAGGAGGAGGCCGCUGCAGUCUCCAAGAAGGCCUACCUGGACCCCGGGGGCGCGCUGCCCCGCGCCGCCGCCACCUGCGCCAGGCCCGGAGCCGACCUGCAUGCUGCGGCCCACGGGGCAGGAGAGGCCUCUGCCAUGCAGAGCCUCAUCAAGUACAGUGGCAGCUUUGCCCGUGAGGCCGUGGCGGUGCGCCCGGGAGGCUGCGGCAAGAAGAGCCCCUUUGGAGGCCUGGGCACCAUGAAACCCGAGCCUGCCCCUACCAACACGGGAGCCCCACGCGCCCAGACCCGCCUCCCACACCCUGGGGGCCCUGCGCCAGCUGGGGGCAGGCAGCUGAAGCGAGAUCCUGAGAGGCCUGAAAGUGCCAAGGCCUUUGGGCGGGAGAGCUCUGGUGCCCAGGGUGAAGCAGAGGUGCGACACCCGCCCGUGGGCAUUGCAGUUGCAGUGGCCCGGCAGAAAGACAGUGGUGGCAGUGGCCGGCUGGGGUCUGGGCUGGCGGACCAGGAGCGCUCCCUGUCACUGAGCAACGUCAAAGGGCAUGGCCGGGCUGACGAGGACUGUGGUGACGAGCGGGGCCGCCACCGGGAGGAGCGGCUGCUGGGGGCGAGACUGGACCGGGACCAAGAGAAGCUGCUCAGAGAAAGUAAGGAGCUGGCCGACCUGGCCCGCCUACACCCCACCAGCUGUGCUGCUAACGGCCUAAACCCCAACCUCAUGGUAACUGGGGGCCCAGCGCUGGCAGGCUCAGGUCGCUGGUCCGCAGACCCUGCGGCCCACCUGGCCACUCACCCCUGGCUGCCCCGCUCAGGUAGCACAUCCAUGUGGCUUGCCGGACACCCCUACGGCUUGGGUCCCCCCUCUCUGCACCAGGGCAUGGCACCCGCCUUCCCACCUGGCCUGGGGGGCUCCCUGCCAUCAGCCUACCAGUUUGUCAGGGACCCCCAGUCUGGCCAGCUAGUGGUCAUUCCCAGCGAUCAUCUGCCUCACUUUGCGGAGCUGAUGGAGCGGGCCGCAGUGCCGCCCCUCUGGCCUGCCCUGUAUCCACCAGGCCGCAGCUCCCUGCACCACGCCCAGCAGCUGCAGCUCUUCUCCCAGCAGCACUUCCUGCGACAGCAGGAGUUCUUGUACCUGCAGCAGCAGGCGGCCCAGGCCCUGGAGUUGCAGAGGAGUGCCCAGCUCGUGCAGGAGCGGCUGAAAGCCCAGGAGCAUCGGGCAGAGAUGGAGGAGAAAGUGAACAAGCGGAGCCUGGAGGCUGCAGGCAAGGCCAGCCUGGCUGCCGCGGGCCCUGGGCUGCUGCCUCGGAAGCCCCCCGGCCUGGCUGCUGGCUCCACGGGCACCUAUGGCAAGGCCAUGAGCCCACCGCCAUCUCCCCGGGCUUCCCCUGUGGCUGCCCUAAAGGCUAAGGUCAUUCAGAAGCUGGAGGAUGUGACCAAACCGCCACCCACCUAUGCCUACCCUGCCACGCCCAGCUCCCACCCCACCAGCCCACCACCUGCCUCCCCGCCACCCACACCUGGCAUCACCCGCAAGGAGGAGGCGCCUGAAAAUGUUGUCGAGAAGAAGGACUUGGAGCUGGAGAAGGAAGCCCCCAGCCCCUUCCAGGCCUUGUUCUCAGAUGUCCCGCCCAGGUACCCGUUUCAAGCCCUGCCACCACACUACGGGAGGCCCUACCCGUUCCUGCUGCAGCCCACCGCGGCCGCUGACGCCGACGGCCUGGCGCCUGAUGUGCCGCUCCCGGCUGAUGGGCCUGAGCGCCUGGCGCUCUCGCCCGAAGACAAGCCCAUCCGCUUAUCCCCCUCCAAGAUCCCAGAGCCGCUGCGGGAGGGCCCAGACGCAGAGCCCCUGGUGGAGCGGGAGGUGAAGGCAGAGGUGGAGGACAUGGACGAAGGCCCCCAGGAGCUGCCCUCCCUCGAGUCACCGCUGGCACUGCACCCUGAGGAAGCCAUGGCAUCCCCGAGCCCCACGGGAGGCUGUGGAGGUGGCCUGCUGGAGGCCCAGGCGCUGGGCGCCAGUGGGCAAGGUGCUGUGGAGCCCCCUGGGUGCCCAGACUUUGCCGAGGGGGCUGAAGCAGGGGUUGACUCGCCGGGCCGAACAGUAUCCUGCACGGCUGCCUCGGACCUGGGGGGGCGGCUGACCCCUGAGACACUGGUCGAGGCCAAGGAGGAGCCUGUGGAGGUGCCUGUGGACGUGGCUGUGGCCAUGCCCGUGGCGGAGGCGGUGCCCGAGGAAGGCCUGGCCCAAGCGGCCCCGAGUGAGCCCCGGCCCAGCCUGGAAUCAGUAGACUGUGACGUGCCGGCCAGGGAGGGAGAGUGCCUGAGUCCGGAGGCCCGGGAGGCUGCACCUGUGUUGGGCAGUGCCUGCUUCUUGGAAGAGGAGGGCUCUGACCAGUUCCUGCCUGGCCUGGAGGACCCGCUGGCUGGCAUGAACGCCCUGGCGGCCGCCGCAGAGCUGCCCCAGGCCAGGCCUCUGCCCUCCCCGGGCACUGGAGCCCAGGCCCUGGAGAAGCUGGAGGCCGCUCAGAGCCUGGUGUUGGAGCAGACUUUCCUGCAUGGCAUCACCCUGCUGAGCGAGAUCGCAGAGCUGGAGCUGGAGAAGAGGAGCCAGGAGGUGGGAGGUGCAGAGCGGGGCCUGGCAGUGCGGCCAUCACUGGAGAGCCUGCUGGCGGCCAGCAGCCACGUGCUGAAGGACGUACUGGACAGCCCCUUUGUGGACCCGCUCAAGAACCUGCGGCUUCCACGGGAGCUGAACCCCAACAAGAAGUACAGCUGGAUGCAGAAGAAGGAGGAGCGGAUGUAUGCCAUGAAGUCCUCCUUGGAGAACAUGGACGCCAUGGAGCUGGACUUCCGCAUGCGGCUGGCCGAGGUCCAGCGGCAGUAUAAGGAGAAGCAGCGAGAGCUGGUGAAGCUGCAGAGACGCCGCGAGUCCGAGGACAGGCGCGAGGAGCCCCAUAGAAGCUUGGCACGCAGAGGCCCUGGCAGGCCGAGGAAACGGACCCACGCCCUGUCGCCCCCCCGCAAGAGAGGGAAGAGCCGCAACAGUAGCGGAAAGCUGAGCAGCAAGCCCCUGCUGACGUCGGAUGCCUACGAGCUGGGAGCAGGGAUGAGGAAGAGACACAAGGGGCCUGAGGAGGAGCACGACACCCUCAUUGGAGCGGGGAGAGCUCGGGGCAGGAGCCAGCCUUGGGACGAGCACGAAGGCUCAUCGGACUUCAUGAGUCAGCUAAAGAUUAAGAAGAAGAAGAUGGCCAGUGACCAGGAGCAAUUGGCAAGCAAGCUGGACAAGGCCCUCUCCCUCACAAAGCAGGACAAAUUGAAGUCACCCUUCAAGUUCUCGGACAGUACUGGGGGGAAAUCAAAAACGAAUGGGGGCUGCAGCAGGUAUUUGACGCCUUAUGACAGUCUGCUGGGCAAGGACAGGAAGGCGCUGGCCAAAGGCCUCAGCCUGUCUCUGAAAUCGUCCAGAGAAGGUAAACACAAAAGGGCUGCCAAAGCCAGGAAGAUGGAGGUGGGGUUCAAGGCCAGAGGCCAGCCCAAGUCGGCCCACUCCCCGUUCGCCUCGGAAGUGAGCAGCUACUCCUACAAUACGGACUCAGAGGAAGAGGAAGAGUUCCUGAAGGACGAGUGGUCUGCCCAGGGCCCCUCCAGCUCCAAACUGGCAUCUCCCAUCCUCUGUGGCAUGGUGGCAAAGAACAGCAAGCCGGCUGGGGGCCCCAAGCUGACCAAGAGGGGCCUGGCGGCCGCCCGGACUCUGACACCCAAGCCGGCCGCCGGCAGGAAGCAGCCAUUUUGUUUGCUGCUUCACGAGGUCGAGGCCCGUUCCUCCUUCAGCGAUUCUUCGGAGGACUCGUUUGACCAAGAUGAGAGCUCCGAGGAGGACGAGGACGAGGAAGAUGAGCUGGAGGAAGAAGAGGAUGAGGCCGACGGCAGCUAUAGGCUAGGGGCCCGGGAGCGGGCCGUGUCACCAGGCCUGGAGGAGAGCGGGCUGGGCCUGCUGGCCCGCUUUGCAGCCAGCGCCCUCCCCAGCCCCACAGUCGGGCCGUCCCUGUCAGUGGUGCAGCUGGAGGCGAAGCAGAAGGCCCGGAAGAAAGAGGAACGGCAGAGCCUGAUGGGCGCGGAGUUGGACUACACUGAUUCGGAGAGUGAGGUCAAGGUGCGCAAGCGGUCACCGGCCGGGCUGCUGCGGCCGAAGAAGGGCCUGGGGGAGCCAGGCCCCUCCCUGGCUGCGCCCGUGCCCGGCGCCCGCGGCUCCGGCCCCACCGGGCCCGACAAGGCCAAGCUGGCAGCGGAGAAGGGGCGCAAGGCCCGCAAGCCUCGGGGGCCCCGGGAGCCCGGCUUGGAGGCGGGGCCAGAGGCCAGUGACGACGACCUGUGGGCACGGCGGCGCAGCGAGCGCAUCUUCCUGCACGACGCCUCCGCCGCCGCCCCUGCGCCCAGCAGCACAGCGCCCGUGGCCACCAAGUCGGGCCGUUGCACCAAGAACGGCCCGCUGAGCCCGCGAAAAGACGCCGGCCGUGCCAAGGACAGAAAGGACCCCAGGAAGAAGAAGAAAGGGAAGGAGGCAGGAUCAGGAGCUACGCUGCCCCCACCCCGCGCGCCCACCCUACCCCCUGAGGCCCGGGCCCCUCACACCAGCUCCCCAGCCUCUGCCAAGAGGAGCAAGGCCAAGGCCAAAGGGAAGGAGGUGAAGAAGGAGAACCGGGGGAAAGGGGGAGCUGUGAGCAAACUGAUGGAGAGCAUGGCUGCUGAGGAGGACUUUGAACCUAACCAAGACUCCAGCUUCUCCGAGGAUGAGCACCUGCCACGUGGCGCGGCUGUGGAGCGGCCGCUAACACCAGCCCCACGCUCCUGCAUCAUCGACAAGGACGAGCUGAAAGACGGCUUGCGUGUGCUCAUCCCCAUGGAUGACAAGCUGCUGUACGCUGGGCAUGUGCAGACGGUGCACUCACCAGACAUAUACCGAGUGGUGGUGGAGGGCGAACGUGGGAACCGGCCCCACAUCUACUGCCUGGAGCAGCUGCUGCAGGAGGCGAUCAUCGACGUGCGGCCGGCCUCCACGCGCUUCUUGCCACAAGGGACCAGGAUCGCAGCCUAUUGGAGCCAGCAGUACCGGUGCCUCUACCCGGGCACCGUGGUCCGAGGCUUGCUGGGCCUCGAGGAUGACGGGGACCUCAUCACCGUGGAGUUCGACGAUGGAGAUACGGGGAGGAUACCCCUCUCACACAUCCGCCUCCUGCCUCCCGACUAUAAGAUCCAGUGUGCUGAGCCUUCCCCAGCCCUCCUGGUGCCAAGUGCCAAGCGUCGCAGCCGGAAGACCAGCAAAGACACCGGGGACGGCAAAGAUGGGGGUGCGCCAGGGUCCGAGGAGCCCGGUGCCAAGGCACGAGGACGCGGGCGGAAACCUAGCACCAAAGCCAAGGGUGACAGAGCUGCUGUCCUGGAGGAAGGGGGCUCAACAGAUGAGGUCCCCAGUGCCCCUCUGGCCCUGGAGCCCAUCAGCACCCCAAGUUCCAAGAAGAGCCCCCCAGAACCUGUGGACAAACGGGCCAAAACCCCCAAAGCUCGCCCAGCGCCGCCCCAGCCCAGCCCAGCCCCGUCCACCUUCGCCAGCUGCCCAGCUCCCGAGCCCUUUGGCGAGCUGCCGGCGCCCGCCCCAGCCCUGGCCCCCGCCCCCCUCGUUACCAUGCCCAUCACCAUGCCCGCCACCCGCCCCAAGCCCAAGAAGGCCCGGGCUGCCGAGGAGCCAGCCAGCAAGGGCACCCGGAGGCCCGGGGAGGAGGCUGAGCUGCUCGUCAAGCUGGACCACGAGGGUGUCACAUCACCCAAAAGCAAGAAGGCCAAGGAGGCCCUGCUUCUGCGGGAGGACCCCGGGGCUGGGGGCUGGCAGGAGCCCAAGGCGGCCCGGCCCAAGGCCGGAGACGGCCACCUGGCCCAGGAGCCCGGGGCCGGGCUCAUGUUUGAGGACUCGGGCAACUCCAAGAGCCCAGACAAGGGCCAGGCUGAGCAGGACGGGGCCGAGGAGUCGGGCAGCGGCGGCAGCAGUGACAGUGGCAGCAGCAGCAGCUCAGAGACAGAUGGGGAGGAGGAAGGCCAGGCCGGUGGGGGCCGGGGCUGCACCGCCUCCAGCUCUAGGGCGUCCUCCUCGUCCUCGUCCUCGUCCUCGUCCUCGUCGUCGUCCUCGUCCUCCUCGUCAUCGUCGUCCUCGUCAUCCUCCUCUUCCUCCUCGUCGUCCUCCUCCUCGUCCUCGUCCUCAUCCUCCUCCUCCUCCUCGUCCUCAUCCUCGUCCUCAUCCUCGUCCUCUACCACAGAUGAUUCUUCCUGCAGUUCUGACGAGGACGCAGCCCCUGGCUCCGUGGCUGGUCCCUCGGCCCCGCCAGUCCUCCCCAGCAAGGCGCCCAAGCAGGCUGGCAAGGCGCUCUCCUCGGCCCACUCUCCCAGCAAGAAGGCACCGGCCCCUCAGCCCCAGGCCCCCCCACCGCAACCCCCACAGCCUCUGCAGCCCAAGGCUCAGGCCGGGGCUGGGGCUGGGGCCAAGAGCCGACCCAAAAAGAGAGAAGGUGUCCACCUCCCCACCACCAAGGAGCUGGCCAAGCGGCAGCGCCUGCCAUCCGUGGAGAACCGGCCCAAGAUUGCUGCCUUCCUGCCCGCCCGACAGCUCUGGAAGUGGUUCGGCAAGCCCACCCAGCGCCGAGGCAUGAAAGGCAAGGCCCGCAAGCUCUUCUACAAGGCCAUCGUGCGCGGCAAGGAGAUGAUCCGCAUCGGGGACUGCGCCGUGUUCCUGUCGGCCGGCCGCCCCAACCUGCCCUACAUCGGCCGCAUCCAGAGCAUGUGGGAGUCCUGGGGCAGCAACAUGGUGGUGCGUGUCAAGUGGUUCUACCACCCCGAGGAGACCAGCCCGGGCAAGCGCCUCCACGAGGGCCAGCACUGGGACCAGAAGUCUGGCCGUGGCCUCCCAGCCGCCCUGCGGGCCUCCAGCCAGAGGAAGGACUUCAUGGAGCGUGCCCUGUACCAGUCCUCCCACGUGGACGAGAACGACGUGCAGACUGUGUCUCACAAGUGCCUGGUGGUGGGCCUGGAGCAGUACGAGCAGAUGCUCAAGACCAAGAAGCACCAGGACAGCGAGGGCCUGUACUACCUCGCUGGCACCUACGAGCCCACCACGGGCAUGAUCUUCUCCACCGACGGGGUGCCCGUACUCUGCUGAGCGCCCGUGGCUGUCGGGGCCUCCGCAUCACUGCCACGGCUUGGGGGCCGUGCGUUGGUUGUGUGCAUGCAAGUGUGCCCGUGGACGCCCUGGCACGUGAGUGUGUACAUGUGUGUGCCCUGUAUGCAUGCACGUGUGUGCACACAUGUGCACACGUCUCUAGCCCCCCUUUCCAAAUCCCUCGGUGCCUCCCAGGAAGGGAGCUCCUCUCAGCUAUCAGGGUAUGGCUCUGCCCGGCCCCCUCAAGCCUCCCCUCCAGCACCUUGUAAGCACUUGGGCAGGCUGCGCCCCCGGACUCAUGCCUCCCGGCUGAUGCGGACAGAGGAGUUUUCUGAGGAACCAAACUGACGCUCGCUCUGGGGUUCCUGCUGCUUGUGGGUCCUCCCUGGGAUCCCAGUGCCCGGCCCCCUCAGCAUGGAGCCCACCCUAAGCCGCCCGCCAUGGGACUGGGAUGGCCCGAUGCCCACCCGCCUCAUGGGCACCUGCCAGGGGCCCAGCCUCUGCCCUCUCAGGAUGGCCUGGACUUGGGGAACAGAGCCAGGUGAGGGGAGCCCGGCAGCAUCAGCCAUGUGCCAGGUGGAGGGGACUGCGUGCCCUGAGGCCCUGGCCGGGGCCCACCCACGGUCCAGACCCUCACACUACAGACAACCCCAAUGGUGCUGAAAUCCUCGUCCCGGCCACGCCCGGAGGGAGGCGGCAGUUCUUAACCUGUACAGUUUUAUUGUACCAAGACACUUCUCCCUGUAUCAUACGCCUUUAAAUGGAGUCAACUUUUUAAUUAUAUAUAUAAAGAUAAAUAUAUAUAAAUAUAUAUAAAUAUAAACUUUUUAAAACUGUGAAAAAAUAGCUAUGAAAUUAUAAAAAAAAAGCGAACACAUUCUGACGUGCAGAAUAUUAUUUUUUAUUUCCUGUUAGAUUGUGAGUGUCUAGCACCCAGCUUCACGGGCCCUCCUUGUCCCAAGCACACCCCACCCGCCCGCCGCCCUGGCCCAGGUGUACUGUACUCACCCCCAGAUGGAGAAAGAGUUAGGGAGAGCAGAGGCCGAGACGAGGGCCUGCCGAGCGCUGGGGGCCCUCUGCUCACAAAAGCACUUACCAGCCCCGAGCCCUCCAGAGAGAUGGGAGGCCUCGUCCAGACAAUCUUAAGGGAAGGAAAAGCCAGACUUCGGUUUUGUUUUUUGGGGGAAUUAUUGUUUUCCUUUUUUUUUUAAAGUUUCUUUUGGAAUUUUGUUUGUUGGCGAAU